UUGGUGCUGCUGGCUUUCCUCAUGGUGUUGCUUGCUUUGGUCACCAUCCUCGGAAAUGCCCUGGUUAUCCUGGCUUUCAUCUUGGACAGAAACCUCAGGCAUCGGAGUAACUAUUACUUUCUCAAUCUUGCUAUUUCUGACUUUGCAGUAG